AGCUCCCUGUCAUGCUACUUGUUAUCGGGACGGAGAGGACAUCUUGUUGAUAACAUUUUGCGGAAGAACAGUUAUUUAUACAAGCUACGAAGGAAUAUAUAGGUUAAUGACGAUAAAGACGUGGUCGUCCGUAUUGACUUAUUUAAAGUGAAGAUUAGUUAGCUAGCUAUUUGUAAAGGAAUUGUUUGUUUUUUCGACGCCGCGGCAUACGCACAGCCGCACGUUAGCCAUCUAGCUAACGUUAGCAUAGCUAGCUAUAUUAGGGUCGACGCUUAACGUUAGCUAACAUUGAAUUUGUCUGUCCAGCUAGCUAGCUAGCCUGUUAUACCGUGUCAGUUGCCCAGUUGGGCAAACUCGGUGAAGAUUCGCAUUGCAAAAUUGAUUGCAAUUCUCUCGGAGCGAGGAUGGCGCUGAAAAGGAUCCACAAGGAGCUGAAUGAUCUGGCUCGUGAUCCUCCAGCGCAGUGCUCAGCAGGACCAGUGGGAGAUGACAUGUUUCACUGGCAAGCCACCAUCAUGGGUCCUAAUGACAGUCCAUAUCAGGGGGGCGUCUUCUUCUUGACUAUUCAUUUCCCUACAGACUAUCCUUUCAAACCCCCUAAGUUAGCGUUUACCACAAGAAUUUACCACCCCAAUAUUAACAGUAACGGCAGUAUCUGUCUGGAUAUUCUCAGAUCACAGUGGUCGCCGGCUUUAACUAUUUCUAAAGUUCUGCUCUCCAUUUGCUCCCUCUUAUGUGACCCCAACCCAGACGACCCUCUAGUACCAGAGAUUGCACGCAUCUAUAAAACAGAUAGUGACAAAUACAGCAGAAUAGCAAGAGAAUGGACGCAGAAAUACGCCAUGUGAUGACUCGCGGAUCAUCGGAAGGAGAACGUCAUUGUAGCUGGAGUCAACUUCAAUUGCUGGUUUUCAUUAUUUUGUUCAUUUUUGUUAUUUGAAUUAGACUCAUUUUCCCCCCAUUUUCACUCCUUCAUUCAUGUGCUAUUAAAAAGAUGGUGUUUGUAGCUCGGACGGUCGACGUGUGUACUCGUUUCAUUUAAGUGGAGAAAAAAAAAAAACACCAACCAUUUUAAUGUAA